AUGGAUAGAUACAUAAUAACAGGAAAAAUUGGUGAAGGAGCACAAGGUGUAGUUUUAAAAGCACAUGAUGUAGAAACGGAAAAACAUGUUGCAUUAAAAAAAUUAUUUUUAAAGAAUAUUGAUAAUGGAAUAUCCACAUCCAUUAUUCGUGAGAUCAAAAUUUUGCAACAAUUAAAACAUGUUAACGUUGUAGAAUUAUUAGAUGCCUUUCCUGUUGGUUUAGAUUUUAUAAUGGUUUUUGAAUAUAUGCCUACAGGUUUAUGGGAGAUAAUAAAGGACAAUGAUAUAUCAUUGACUCCAGUUCAAGUAAAAACUUAUACAAAAAUGAUUUUGGAGGGUAUUGCAUACAUACACAGAAAAAAUAUAAUACAUAGGGAUUUAAAACCUGCAAACUUACUAAUUAAUGGGAAAGGUAUUUUAAAAAUUGCUGAUUUUGGUUUGGGGAGAUUAUUAUGGAAAAAUAUGGCAAAACCAUAUUCUCAUCAAAUUGCCACCAGAUGGUACAGAGCACCUGAAUUAUUAUAUGGUGCACGAUAUUAUACAUCAGCAAUUGAUAUGUGGUCUAUAGGUUGCAUUCUUGGAGAACUACUUAACAAGUCACCAUUAUUUCCAGGGGAAACAGAUAUAGAGCAGUUAGCAAUGGUUUUAAAAUAUUUAGGAUCACCUACAUCAGAAACUUGGCCAGAUUUAAGUAUAUUGCCUGAUUAUAAUAAGAUAACAUUUCCUUAUCAUAAAGGAAUAACAUGGGAAAGUAUCAUUGAAGACACUGAACCAGAAGCUGUUGACCUCAUUAGUAAAAUUCUUAUUUACAAUUCAACAAAACGUUUGACAGCUGAUGAAGCGUUACGUCAUAUAUAUUUUCAUGCCAAACCUUAUAUUUCUUUGAAAAAUUUGGUAAAACCACAAAAUAACCAUCGAAGUCAAAUAAAACAGAAAGAAAUUAAUACAAAUAUCCCAGUUACUUUAAUUUUUAAAAAUCUACUAACGAUUGUAUAA